AACAACGGUUUGACGUGAUCCCCUUUGAAAUGGCGCUGAGGCACUUUAAUACGCUGUUAUUUUUAAUGGGUGUGCUCGUUUAAUUAUUUUCAGGGUUAGCUUUUUUGAUGCACUGCGAACAUCUAUGCCUGAAUUUGGUCUUUGGGUGCUWCUGGGUUGUAAAACAAAAAUGUGUUGAAGGAAAUUGCUAAUAAUUGACGUUGCAUAAUAAGGCCGCGUAGGCCCCCGAGCUCGCGUAGAGAUUACAGCCGCUCCUCAGRGCGUGGCCCUGCCGCAGACGUUCGCAUCGAUUUUCAGGGGAAUUCCAUUGUGCAUUUCUGCCAGAAGAUUCUGGAAGUGAAUUGACAGGUAAAAUGGCAUCAGUGCCAGUGUACUGUUUGUGUCGCCUGCCCUACGAUGUGACUCGCUUUAUGAUUGAGUGUGACAUUUGUCAAGACUGGUUUCAUGGAAGCUGUGUUGGAGUAGAGGAAGAAAAAGCAACUGAGAUUGACCUCUAUCACUGUCCCAACUGUCAAGUUACCCAUGGGCCGUCUGUUAUGCGUAAACGACGUGGAGGCAAUAAGCAGACAGAUGGAAGCACUAGCGGAGGAAGAGAUCCAAGUCGUCCCGUUAAGACGGGGAGUUCCCAGUUUGUUCGAGAGCUUCGGAGCCGCACUUUCCCGAGUGCUGAUGAAAUCUUGCUCAAGCCAUCCGGGGUGCAGCUGACAGUUGAGUUUCUGGAAGAGCAUUCAUUCAGCGUUCCUGUAAUGGUGCUGAGGCGGGAUGGCUUAGGCAUGACCCUUCCUCCAUCAUCCUUCAGCGUCAGUGACAUAGAGCACUAUAUUGGUGCAGACAAAGAGAUUGAUGUGAUUGACGUACCUCGACAGUGUGAUCUGAAGAUGCGACUGGGAGACUUUGUUGAAUACUACAACAGCCCUAACAGGGACAAAGUACUCAAUGUCAUCAGCCUUGAGUUCUCUGACACCAGGCUCUCAAACCUGGUGGAGACCCCCAAGAUUGUGAGGAAACUUUCAUGGGUGGAAAACCUCUGGCCUGAAGAGUCUGUGUUUGAACGCCCCAAUGUGCAGAAGUACUGUCUGAUGGGAGUGAAAGAUAGUUACACAGACUUCCACAUUGACUUUGGAGGCACCUCAGUUUGGUACCAUGUCCUGAGGGGUGAGAAAAUCUUCUACUUAAUAUCUCCCACUCCGGCAAACCUGGCACUUUUUGAACGCUGGAAUUCCUCAACAAACCAGAAUGAGAUGUUCUUUGGAGAUCAGGUUGAUAUGUGUUACAAGUGUUCACUCAAACAAGGAAACACCCUGUUCAUACCAACAGGAUGGAUUCAUGCUGUGRUGACUCCUGUGGACUGUUUGGCCUUUGGAGGAAACUUCUUGCAUAGUCUCAACAUUGACAUGCAGCUGAGGGCAUAUGAAAUAGAGAAGAGGUUAAGCACAGCUGAGUUGUUCAAAUUUCCAAACUUUGAGACGGUUUGUUGGUAUGUUGGGAAGCACCUUCUUGAUACCUUUAGAGGUUUGAGAGAAAAUCGGAGGCACCCUGCCAGUUAUCUUGUUCAUGGAGCUAAAGCUUUGAACAACGGCUUCCGCAGCUGGACCCGUAAAGAGGCCUUAGCUGAGCAUGAAUCGGAGAUACCAGAGACCAUCAAUACUCAGACAUUAGUGAAGGACCUGGCCAAGGAGAUCCGUCUUGUUGAGGAUAUAUUUCAACAGAACCUUGGCCGUACAGGAACUCAGUUUCCGGGUGCACCUUUCUCUAAAGCUCCUCUCAGCGCCUCUCAGAACUCUGGACGACCCCCUGGAAAAAAGAAAGGGCCCAAACCCAAAGAGGUGUUGGGAGGUUUGGGGGUCCCUGGAACCAAAAAGAAAGGGCAGAAGGSACUUGUUAAGUCCGAAGCAGAAGAACUUGACCUGAUUGAGAUCCAUACCAAGCAUACACUCAAAAAAAUUCAACCUGGCAAGUCCAAGCACAAGAGCAAGAUGGAGCUGCCAUUAGAGGAGUUUGAGGGAAAGCUAAAUAAAAACAAACUUAAACUUGUCCUCAGCAAUGGAAAAAUCCAAGGUAAGAAAGAUGGUAGCAGCAAUGGUGCAGGAACUGCUGCAAACUACAAACAUCUUGCCACAGAAGAAUCCAGUUUGUCAGAGCUGGAGUCUGAGGAUGAACUCCAGAUCGACGAGACUCCUCCUCCACGACGCAAGUCUGCUGGACCAAGCAAGAAGAAAAAACUUAGCGGUCUUCCCAGGAAGCUGCCAAGAGCUAAACCUUGUUCUGACCCCAAUCGCAUCAGGGAGCCAGGAGAAGUAGACUUUGACAUUGAGGAGGACUACACCACCGAUGAAGAGGCACUGYCAGCCCAUGGAGUGAAAGGUGGUGCAGGAGGCAUUCUUGACCUGUUAAAGGCCAGCAAACAAGUGGCAGGCUUAGACUCUGCAGCACUCAGUGAGGAAGCCCCAGCCUCACCRAGCACUCGAGACGCCAUCCAGGGUAUGCUUUCCAUGGCCAACCCUCCUUCCUCAUCCUCCUCUUCCUCAUCUUCUUCUCCCUCAUCUCUCUCUGGGGGCCUGACUGAGGGAUUGGGUGUCAUCAAGGAAAAAGGCGGAAGGACUGUAUGGUUGACGGGAGGAGUCAAGAAGACUUCAAAUCUUGAGAAGAAACCAAUCAUCCAGCGGCCUGGAAAACGACCAAUCAAAAGGCCAGCUCGUCAUCUGAGUGAUGAGGAAAGUCCAGAUGAGCAGGAAACACUGGGAACUUGUUUUAAAGACUCAGAUUAUGUUUAUCCAUCUUUGGAGUCUGAUGAGGAAGACCAUAUCAGCAAAACUAAGAUGAAGAGGAAGAAAAACUGGGAUGACACACCUUGGAGUCCUAAAGCAAGAGUGAUGCCGACACUUCCUAAACAAGAGCGACCUGCCAGGGAAGGGGCUAGAGUUGCCUCGGUAGAAACAGGCCUUGCAGCAGCUGCUGCCAAGUUGGCACAGCAGGAACAGCAAAAACCUGCUAAAAGGAAGUACACCAAAAAGCAACAUCCUCCUGCUCCUGUCGUCAGUCCUCCCUCUGUUCAAACUGAACCUGCCCCACCCUCCCCAACACCUGCUCCAGAGUCUGCAGCAGAUGUCAGUCCAGACAGGAGGAUGGAUUAUUACUCUGCCAGUUUGUUAGACCAUGAAUACACAGCAGGGCCAGGACCUUUUGGUCCUGGAGGCCCCAGGGGCAGUGGAGCCAUGGCUCCUGGUGUAUUCCUUACUUCUCGAAGACCUUCCCUGUCACCUCAAAAUAGCAGCUGUCAUUCUGGUGCGUCCCCUGCGAGUUUGGCCAGCCAAGGAAUAACAGGAAUUGGUCAAGGCAAACGCCCAAAGAAAGGCCUUGCAACAGCAAAACAGAGACUUGGCAAAAUUCUGAAAAUCCAUCGCAAUGGCAAACUUCUCUUGUGAGAGAUAUAAAAAUGUGUCUGAAGACCGUAAGAAUGAAGAAAAAGCCUAUGUGAAGUAGGACAGGGAAAAUAAGAGAGUGGUAUAUUUUCUACUUUUUUGUUUUGUUUGCCAUGUACAUUUAUGAUCAAACCUUAUUACAUGUUCUUCCAACUCCACUUACCUACAUCUGCAUCGAGGUUUUGUCAGAGGCACAUCUGGGAAUCACUGUAAUGUGCUGGUAGCACCCCUAUUGUCACAAAUUUGAUACUGACCAUGACAUUUUUUUCUGAUAAUUGGACUUAAAUUUUUUGUCAUUAUAGUUAGUAUUUUUUAGUCAUUUUUAAAAGUUGUGUUUAGGCUCAGAAAUUGUACUAUUUUACAUUUUUAAAAGGGAAAAUGCGCAUAGCUGCAAACAAUUCUGUAGGUUGUUUUUUUUUGUAUUUCUGUUUACCCCAUUUUUUAUAAACUUCUGUUUGACAGGUAAUAUUACAGGACAGUGUCCCCAUUUAUUGACAUCCAUUAUAUAUUUAUUAUUUUACAUAUUUAUUAACUAAGGCAGAAUUUUUUGAUUUCCUAGCCUGUUUUAAUGUAGCAUGGUUUUCUUCAUUUUUCCGCUUUUUUUAAGAAAGUAAAGCUUGUAUAAAAAGUGUAGCCAUUGCUAUCUUAGUGGGGGUUUUUUUUGUUUAUUUUAUUUGUCAUUGUAAAUAUUUGUAAUAUUUGUAAUUUAUAUAGCUAAAUUGGAAACAAUUGAGAAAAAAAAUCAGAUAAUGAGAAUAGUUUCCUGCAUGUUGCCCUAAAUUUUGGCAGCUUUCUUGGGUCAUUUGUAGAGAUUUGUUUUCUUUACUACAGAAUGUACUAGUGAUCAAAUGUUGGAAGUGUAGAUUUAAAAUGAAGACAUUGUGAAAGCGCAGGAUCUGAAAUAUGUAAAUAUUUGUUGUAAUUUAAUUUUCUUUUUGUAGUUUAAAAAAAAUCUUUCGUAACAACUUGUACAUGAAACAUUGCUGUACUUAGGAAACAUGAUAGCUCUUUUUUAUAUUUGUAUUCAUUACCUGUCAUACUAUGUUCAUGUUGUCUUGUUAGUGUACUAUUGGAAGUGUGCUGGAAAAAAUGCCCUUGAUAAAUUUCAUCACUUAGUUUUAUAUUCAUAUUUUCUUUUGUUUUGGUAAGUGUUUGACAUGUUUUUAAUAUGACCUGAAAACAAAAAAUUGAAGUUAAAAUUUACCUUGACAUUUUUUAAUGGAAUUUAUUUUCUGACCACCACGAAACUAAAAGUAAGAUUUGUUGUGUUCACUGCACUUAAGCAUACAGGAAAAUUGUGUUUUCCUAACAUUUGAGAAAAAAACUGGGAUUUAUGUAUUUUUCUGGUAUACACAAUAAAUAUUUUGUUGUAAUAAACACAUCUAGACAUAAAGCAA